AUGGAGGCAUCACCUUUCUCUUGUCCAACACCUCCCGAAAAUGGGAUUUAUAAUCCAUGUGUUGUCAGAGAAAUGGUCAUUUAUCCAUCAUGUCUUCUACUUUAUAUUAUAAUAUUUGGUGGUUAUCGAUAUUUUUAUAUCAUUCGAAACCCGUCUGGUUAUUCCCCUUUAAAUAAUAAUAGACUUUCGCGAAGACGUCUUACUCCUUUAAUUAGAGCUAUAUACGGUUUUAGUGACAUUGUACUUUUAUCAUAUCUCGCUGAUUGUGUGGCGGUUAUUAUCAGAGCUCUUGAAUCAAAAACAUGGACUUCAACUGUAAUAGUUUAUUAUGAUGUUAUUUGUUUGAUUGCUUGGAUUAUGAAUAUGAGCUUAAUGGCAUUAGAAAGGCAAAAUUUUGGAAAAUGGUCUUGGGUAAAUUAUUUAUUCUAUUGGGUUUCUUUAACCGGAGAGGCUCUAAUAUUUUAUCUGUGGUUUUCCGAAUUCAAUGGUGAAUCUAGACAUUUUGCUUCAAAUUAUGACCUUGCUUUCUUCUGUAUAUUUGUUAUUCGUUAUGUUGCUUUAUUCAUUGCUAGUAUGGUAUCAUUGGUUCGUGCUUUUCAAAUUACUUUGGACCGAGAAGAUGCUGAAAAUGACCAAAGUCUUCUUGAGAAUUCCUCGUCUUAUGGCACUUUUCCUUCAGCUGAAGGUGAUAAUUCUUCUCAACCUGCGCAACGUAGUCAACCAAAGAAGAGUGCAAUUGCUGAUUUUUAUGAAAAAAUGCUACGCCUUCUUCCUUUCUUAUGGCCAAAUAAAAAACCUUUUCUCCAGUUCCUAGUUUUUAUAUGUUUUGGUCUUUUAAUUGCUGGACGUGUGGUUAAUGUGCUUGUUCCAAAACAACUUAAAAUUAUCACUGAUGAAUUAACCGGGGAUGUUGUAAUAUUCCCAUGGGUGCCAAUUAUUGUAUAUGCACUUCUGAGGUUUUUGCAAAGUGGUGUUGGUUUACUUCAAGCUACUCAAAAUUAUUUAUGGAUUCCUAUUGGACAAUAUACAACUCGUGAGAUUUCUGUCCGGAUGUUUGAGCAUUUGCAUGGCCUUUCUUUAUCAUAUCAUAUCAAUCGUAAAACGGGUGAAGUACUGCGUGUUAUGGACCGUGGAACAAACAGUAUUAUUUCAUUAUUGAAUCAAAUAUUGUUCCAGAUAUUUCCUGUAAUUGUGGACAUCUUUGUUGCUGUUAUAUUCUUUGUUAUCGAAUUCGGAUGGAUGUUUGGUUUAAUAGUAUUUAUUACUAUGUCGUUAUAUAUUUUUGCGACUGUAUGGAUUACUGAAUGGCGAACUAAAUUCAGACGUGAAAUGAUUGAGUUAGAUAAUGAUACUCGGGCUAAAGCUGUCGACUCGCUUUUAAAUUUCGAAACUGUUAAAUACUAUAAUGCGGAACAAUUUGAAGUUCAACGUUAUGAUGAAGCGAUCAAAAAAUAUCAAGUUGCUGACUAUAAAGUCGCUUCGUCACUUAACAUUCUCAAUCUUAGUCAAAACCUUGUGAUUACUGCGGGUUUGUUGGCCGGUUGUUUGUUAUGCUCUUAUAAGGUCACUCAGCAUAUUUUCACUGUUGGUGACUUCAUUCUGUUUGUAACAUAUAUUAAUCAAUUAUAUUCUCCGCUCAACUUUUUCGGUACAUAUUAUAGAAUGAUUCAGCAAAAUUUCGUUGAUAUGGAAAAAAUGUUGGACUUGUUCGAGGAACAACAAAGUGUUCAGGAUGCACCCGGUGCCACUGAAUUAAAGGUCGCUGAAGGAUCUGUUGUAUUCGAAAAUGUUGGAUUUUCUUAUGAUCCAAGACAUCCAGCAUUAAAAAAUAUUUCAUUCACAAUUCCUAAAGGAAAAACUGUUGCUUUAGUGGGGCCUAGUGGUGGCGGUAAAUCAACCAUUCUUCGACUUUUAUUCCGUUUUUAUGAUGUUCAAACUGGUCGUGUUCUUAUUGACGGUCAAGAUAUUCGGCUUGUUAAACAAGAAAGCUUGAGAAAAAAUAUUGGCGUUGUACCUCAAGACACUGUUUUAUUUAAUGAUACGAUUUUAUACAACAUUCAUUACGGAAAUAUCGAUGCACCGGAAGAUGACGUUUACAAAGCUGCAAAAGCUGCCCAAAUCCAUGAUCGUAUAUUAUCAUUCCCAGAUGGUUAUCAGACGCGUGUUGGAGAACGUGGUUUGCGUUUAAGUGGUGGUGAAAAACAACGUGUGGCGAUUGCAAGGACAAUAUUGAAGAUUAUUCUACUUGACGAAGCUACCUCUGCCCUUGAUACGACCACAGAAAGACAGAUUCAACAUGCACUCGCCAAUAUAACUAAAGAUCGUACGACAUUGGUUAUUGCGCAUCGUUUGAGUACUAUUAUUAAUGCUGACUUGAUUCUUUGCAUCAAAGAUGGGCAAGUAGCAGAACAGGGAACUCAUGAUGAACUUAUCAAAAAUACCGAAGAUUCAUCUUUGAGAAAAGGAUUUAGAUAUGAAAUUUGGAAUUAUUAUGAUACUUGGGCUGAGGAGUGCUAUGGUGCAAUCACUUAUGGUGAACUUAUGGA